GGACGCCGGAGCCGCCAUAGCGCCGCCACCGCCGAAUUUUCUUCCUCCGAUUAUAUUUCCGGCGGAUGGUGACGAUUCUUCCGGAGGAGGUCGAUGAAGGAUGCGGAGGAAGGAUCGUCUUAGCGGUGGAAGAUAAGUCGGAGACGGCAUGAACUCGUCGGAGCUGUCGAGAGAGUCACAGCUGAUUCCGCCUCCGUCACCGUCGGGUCGGCGGAGGCUUAGCGGGUUGGAUUCCGGGUCGGAGCUUCAAUUUCGGAAUCUGGGUUCUUCCCAUUUCCUUCUGGGUCUUCGUUUUCUUGAGAUUGAAGCAUCAUCAUCAUCCAUGGUGCAUCGUAGAGGUAAGCGAGCGAGCAGAAACAAGGCCAAUGUGCCUUUGACAAGGCCGAGAAGAGAAGGGAAAUACUCAGAUUAUUCGGAUGCGAAUUGGGGUUGGGAAGAAGAUGAACUCAGAGAAUACGCUCGUGAACUCAGAGAAUCUGAAGAUCAUUUCGGACAGAGCAGGUCGCACCAGAAUGCUCGUGGAGUGGAAGUUGGCUCGCUGAUUGAUCAGAAAGAACCCGAUGAUCAGUUCAGACAGAACCGUGGAAGACGGAACAUGCCUUACGGUGGUGGUUCUAGACUGAAUCUCGGCGGACAAAACCGGUUCAACCAGAAUCCUCAAGAAAAGAAGUGUAAGAACCAAGGACUAGAGAUGAACAAGAAGUUCGAAGAAAUGGAUUUGCGGGAAAGAUAUAAAAAGGGAUCAAAGGUAGACAAAACCCGUAAAAGUUCUGAUCUUCGGAGCAUUCGAGAAAGCCCGUGUAGAGGACACGAGCAAAUUGCUGCGUACCGAGAAAUGGAUAGUAAACUGGAGUGGGGAAGAGUCCAGAAAACUUCAACAGAUGGUUCUGCAGAUUCGAGAAGGCCGAGAAGAGAAGAGGGCUACUCAGCUUUUCCCGAGGAGGACGAGAACAGUGAUCGGGAAGAAGACACAGGAGAAAUGUACAAAGACGAUGAUGGAGCUCAUCAAAUGGAAUUUGAGCCGAAAGAUUGGAAAGGAAAGGGGAUGAUGAACUAUCAAGAACCUGAUGAUCAUUUUAGACCAAAUCAUAGCAGGUCGAAGAAGAACCAUCGACAGAAUCAAGAAAGGUGCGAGAAGGCGGCUCCGAGUUCUGAUAUGAAAAAGUCUGUGCCGCAAAAAAUGCGUAGGAGCUCAUAUUCGUCGAGUAAACGGGAGUGGAGAAAAAUCCGGAAAGCUUCAACCGCCGAUUCGAUGUCUCGGAUAUUGCCUCAAACUUCACCUGUACAGAGACAGACAGUAACUGGUGUUCAUACUUCGGAUUCAACCAGAGAAUCUAUGUCUCCUUCUGCAAAUGCUGGAGGUGGCUUUGAUCAGAAUCAUAAUAUGUCGGCUGAUCGUAACUUUGGGGAUUUGCCAUUGUCAGGCUAUAAUGUUCAGAUGUCCUCCUUCCAUUCUAACCAGUUUGCACCUUGGAGAAACAUGCCUGAUGAUCCAUUCAGACAAGAAUAUGGCCAUGAAUCACCAUCAACCUUUAACAGGCAAGCGCGAUCUAUCUUUCCGUCGUCCCGGCUUAACCAAUUGCCUUCUCAAAUGCUGGAGCAUCACCCCGGGUUUAUGUCCAGUCCUGUUUAACCCUUAUUCCGGUCAACCUUCAUUCCCGACUUGUUACAUUCUCAACCCGAGGACAUACUGGUUUCACCAUCCUUCACAGGUUCCGAAUCACGGGUUUGACCGUCGUUUGACCGCUACAUUUCAGCCUCGGUUCGGAUCGCUCUCUCCAGGCUUGCUCGCGCCACAGUCGCAGCCGUCCACGGCUAACCGCCCUUCACAAGGUUUGCCUUGGAGACAACAGCCAAUGAAUGCUCUCUACUUUGGAACUCAUCCUGUUCCAUUUGUCCCGUUCUUCGGUAUAAUCUCUCUGAAUUUCCCAUGACUUCUGCUUCUUGAAUCCUUCCUUCCUUCUUUUCCUCACCAAUGCCGUAACAUUAUCAGGGAAGGGGCUUCAACCUCGUACCGAAGAUGCUCCUGAAUGAUCCGUACCUUCUGUUCCUCGAUCCUUUUUUUUUUGUGUUUUUCAUCUCUGUAAAUGAUGUUAUCUUAGAUUUGUUUUGAACAUCCAUUAGAUUUUGAUACGUUAUCCUUCUUAUGAGCAUCAUCAUAGUUCUUA